AUGGAUGGCACGGGCUUCGUUGGCCCUCGAAUCGAAAUCUCAGAGCGUUUGCCGGAACUUGGUGCAGACAUCCAGCUGGACUGGGAUCAGAAGGCCAAGCUGCCGGCAUCGGCUGGUGUUGUGCAGGAGCUUUUCCAGCAGCAGGAAGCGAAGCUGGCAGCGACUAUUGAAGUUGGUUUCAAGCAGCUUCAGGACCUCCUUGCGCAGAGAAAAUCCGUAAACGUCGGGCUGCAAGCUUUGCAGCCAACCUCGAAAAAGAAAAAGCGUCACAGGGCAUGCGGCGAAUCCACGGUUUCGAAAUCUGACUCGGGCAGCAACGGCUCUGAGGCUUCCGCCCUUGCUGAAAACCCGAACAGAGGGCGCACUAGCCUUCUCAAUCUGGAGAGCUUGGAGGCGCCUUCACGUUCCGUCUGGUCCGUGGACUGCUGCUCCUGGCUCCCUUCCGAGGAGAAUCCUCCGAAGAAUCUUCUGAGCCGCAUCGCACAGAAGAUGGUGAGCUCGUGGAUGUUCGAAACGUUCUUUGCUGGCGUGAUCAUGACCAACUCUAUCUUCAUCGCUGUUCAAGUGGAGCUCUCUGCCGCUCAACCAGGAACACCUCCGAAUGAGGGGAUGUUCAUCGUCUCCACAUUCUAUAGUGUGCUGUUCACAAUAGAGCUUCUGACACGACUGGUGGCUGUGGGUCCUCGACUCUACUGUGGCCAGGACUGGGCCUGGACCUUGCUGGACACACUCGUGGUCGCUACGAGCGUGUUCGAAUUCAUCGUGGAACUGCCGGUUCAACAGGAAGAAGGGGAGGAAGGGCAAAGCCUAUUUGGCAAUAUGCGCCUGCUGCGCAUUCUACGGAUUGCGAAGAUCACCCGAGCAGUGCGCAUCAUUAGGCUGGUGAAGUUCGUGAGGGCUCUCAGGUCGCUGCUCUUCUGCAUCGGAAAAACCCUCAAGGCCAUGGCAUGGUCGGCAGCACUUCUCGUACUAAUCAUCUUCUUGUUCGGCCUGGUUUUCACUGACAUCACCACAGAGUACUUCGCAAAUCCUGAGCUGCAUUGGAACCCGGUGACUACAGACUUUCUUCGUCUUCGCUUCAGCUCGCUGGAGCUCUCCAUGCACACCCUCUUCGCCUCCAUUACGGGAGGCUUCACAUGGGUGGAAGCUCGCGAUGCCUUUGCUGAGCUUAGCUUUGUUUGGGGCUUGAUGUUCGAGGCCUUCAUCUCUUUCUGCUUGUUCGCCGUUUUGAACGUGAUGACUGGCGUGUUCUGCCAAUCGGCCAUUGAAAGUGCGGAGAAGGACCACGAGUUGAAUUUGCAGAUGUUGGCCCAUGAAAGGGCGAAAUACUUCCGAGCCGUGAAGCGGCUGUUCCAGCAGCUGGACAAGAAUGGCGAUGGUGGUAUAACUGUCGUUGAGUUUGAGGUUGCCCUGCAAGAUGCAACGCUAUUGCAAGUGUUCGACGCAUUGGAGAUCAGUGCGGACGAUGCUUGGGCUUUGUUUACGCAGUUGGAUUCGGACGGCGAUGCCCACGUGGAUGCGGAAGAGUUUCUUGAAGGCUGCAUGCUUCUGAAGGGACCGGCGAGGUCUGUAGAUGUCAUGGGCAUCAAGAGGGACCUGGCUGUUGUGAAACAGCGCUUGGAGCAGCAGGUGACUGCAAUGCUGGGGAUGAAGAGCAGCGGCUAA